CAUUUAUUACUAGUCUCGCAACUUGCCUAUACUGUCAUAGAAUAGACGUGAACUUGACUCGUAGAGUCUACUACCUUGAACUUUUGUAUAAAGCAGUCUAGCGUCCAUUACUAAAUGCUUAUUAACCAAGAAAUGAAAAGAAAUACAAUUAUUUGUACACUAACUUUUUGAAUUUGGAUAAAAAUGUUAUGUAAUUGCAUUAUGCUUAUUUAGAUGCUAGUUGUCUCUUCCCAUACGAAUAGGUCAAAUCUAAUAAAACGAAUAACAAAUAACGAUGAACCUGAUCUAAUUUUAUAAUUUUCUGCUUAGAAGACAAAAAACUGAGAAGAAUAAAUCCGCACAAGGUUUUAGUAUCGGAUGCUUAUAUCGAUCCAAUAAAGGCGUAUUUUAUAACGUAACGACCCGUGUAAAAAAACAGUUAGCGACGCAAUAAACAUAUCAAGUUUUUUAUAUCUUCGGGAAAAAAAUCCGUUAAAAAUAACUGGCCGAAGACACACAGGGGGCUAAUAUUUUAAAAGGCAUGCCAUAUUAUAUCUUGGCAACUAUAACGUUUAUCAAUUGUGUUAUUUAUAGUUGCACGCAAAAGUACAGCUUUAUUAAUAAUUAAUUAUCUGCUUACAUAUACAGCAACAGCAUGUAUCGAAAAACAGAUAUUCAUUUUGAUACUAUCAGCUCAUAGUGUAUUUUAUCUAUACCUGCGGAAAAUUAAGAAAUCUUGGAUUAUGCUAUCAUGUUGCUGUUAUUUGUACCCAAAUUCAAUUAUGUCUUUUUCUCUACUUACAGCGCUGUACCUCCUAUUGAAAUCGACUGUACGUUCUUGUGAAAUCAACUCGGACCAUCAAUACAAUUUCUACAUAGGACAAUAUAAGCAUGUAGACCUGCUAAACACGUCAUUGCCGUAUUGCCUAGGCUUUUGUUUCGUGAUUCGACACGUUCUUUUACUAGAUCGAUCGUCGUUUUCUUUUUUUUUCACGAAUUUAUCUGUUUGUUCUGCUGGUAAAUUACCACACCCUUAGAGAGUUCUAUGCAUACGCAUUCGUAUUACAGAAAUACUGGAAAGAUUAAUUGACUGGACCUGUAAAGCCAGAAACAGCAACAAAACAGCAUUUGAAUUUAUAAUUGUACGAGCAUAACCUUCUCAAUUUCUAUACGUUUUUCAGCUAUUUAUACAUCGACAAACUUUAGACCGUGAGCGUAGCGUCUGUAAGAAGUUGACAAAUAUUAGCAUUUAAAGUGGCGCCGGGACAAGCAAUCACAAGAGAUACAAGAUCCUCGCAAGUGCUUUUUAUAUUUUCGGCCGAGGAACUCGAGCGCGAGCGCGCCUCUCCAGCCGAACAGCAAGUGCCACUCGUUCAACAUGAAAAGCACGUCGAGGACAACGGAGUCGCUUCAGAGGCCGAACGAAUAACAGCCUCGGCGAGUGAGGGAUUAGCCCCGCGGCCGACUGUGUGCACCUAUAUACCUAUACUCAUUAUUGCGGGCGUCAAGCUUCGACUGCUCCUGUGCGCCUCUCGUCCUCGCGAAUCGAUUCCGAGCGCGUGCACGACUCGCAAGCCGACCGCCGAAAUAGAACGCGUGUCUGCGGACGCGCUCGGAACUCCGCCAACGGACUGAGCAAGACCUGUGAGAGCGCAUCCUAGAUCUAUGUCACCCGUUAUCGGCGGCCGAUCGUUCGCGGGAAGCGCGAGUUGAUUCGCAGUGAAAAGUGCGCCAGUGCUUCGUCGUGAUGAAGAAUUCGUGCACACCGAGUGACGCCGUGCGCCGAGGAGAAAUAUGUUCGUGAACGUGUGGUCGCGGCAAAGUGCAAAAAAGUUGUAAAAGUUAUGCGCGAUAAGCCGACUUUUCCAAGCCUCGACAAGCAUCAGCCUCGUAAAACUAACACCGUCAAAAUUUCGUAAGAGAAACCGCAAGCUUCUGAUUGUCCUCGGGAGGAUCGACACCCGAGUUUUUUUCCCGGAGAUGUCCGAAACGGAGCAGAAGCAGCCGACGGUGGCUGCGCCGCCUCCGACGCCGGCCGUAACGCAGGUGACGAUCCAGCCGCCGGUGCUGCAAGUCGCCUCGCGGAUGCUGCGCUCCCCGAGCCACGAAAGCGUCACCACAGACCUGUCGCUCUUCAGCGUCUCCUCGAUAGCCAGCGACGCGAAAUGCGCGAACCGUCUGGCGACCUUCAAGUCCUACAGCGACGUACACCUCUCGGGUAGAGGACCUUCGCCGAACCCCGACUCCAGACUGCAGAUACAGGGCAACAGGCCAGCCGACAUCCCGGAGAUCCUCUGGUUCGAGGAGGAGACCGAGCUGAUCCGCAGCUGCGGCGCACUGUCCUCGGCGCUGGGCCUCCAGAAGAGCUUCAGCACGUCGGACGUGUCGCAGCUCCCGAGUCCCGAGGGGGCUGCCUGUGGCGCUCCCCGGCUGCGCUCGGCCGUCUCGUCGCACGGCCUCGACCUGGCGCACCGGAACGGACUGCUGCUCGAGCAGGCCCGGCUCGACCACGCCUCGAGGUCCUGCAGCACCUGGGUGGCCGUCGGUGACGUAGCCAGCACCUCCCAGCUGCCCAGCCCUCACGGCGGGGCCAGUCUGCCCCUGCACGCGAACCUGGUCUCGCACUCGCCCAUCGUCCCCUUCACCGCGGCAGACCUCGUCAGGUCCGUCAACAAGAAGGUCCGCCAGAACUACAUUCGUCGCAGGUUGCUGACGACGUACCGAGCCCUCGAGAGACUAUCCCAGAGCGAGUUCAACCUGGACAGGCUGGAGGCAGCGGCGUCGGCCGCGCAGACGAAUCCAGGCGCCACGCUGACGGUGCCGGGAGCAUCGCUGCCCGGGAGUGGCGCCGCGGCCGCGGCCGCCGCCGCCGCCGCCGCUGUCGGGCUCAUACCCGGACGCAAGUCGAACCACGACCACGCGCUCACGGUCAAGGACGUCGAGCGCGAGCGCGGCAAGCAGCUCUCCAAGUACGAGCGCAACAUGAUGAUCUUCAACUGGCUGCACACCCUCGACGACAGCGUCGACGAGGCGCUGCAGUAGAGGCCGCCGUUCGAUCCGUUUUCGCGCGACAUAUAUAUAUAUAUAUAUAUAUAUAUAUAUAUAUAUAUAUAUAUAUCGUAUAAUUACGAUACGGCCAUCUGCUCUGCUGUUGUGAAGAAUUUUCUUGACCAUCGCCUCCGAUGCGAGGCGCGCGAAACUGCCUUCUCGACAAGGAUACGCAGCAGAGAGAAUCGUUAUAUUUUUCAAGCUGCAGCCAUACCCGCGUAUACGUUAUACCUACUAUAUUCACACUUCUCAGUGUAUGUACGCUAGUUCUUUUGUCAAGGGAAUGGUUUUAUAAUCGAUACAUCGCUCAAAUGAAAGAUUAACGGUGCCUAGAAAUGCAAGUUACGCAAAACGGAAACUAUAUUUUAACAGACUCUAUAAGAUGUAUGAUGAAAUGCGUAUGCUAUAAUCAUUAAAUUACUCCAAGAAUUUCAGUCGUUGUCAAGAAAAUUCUUUAACAGUCGCUCAGCGCACUGAGAGAAAAACCGCGAAUAGGAAACAUUAAGUUUCAAAAAUGGUAAAUUUUCUUUUUUUUAGAAAUUCCCAUUUUGCGGAAUAUAGGAGCUGUACAAAAUUCGUUUUCCAAUGCAUCUAAAAAAUUGCCAUUCCAGAUUGUAGAAAAUACCACAACAGCAGAGUAAGGAUUUCCAUACUUGGUUGUAAUUAGUCCAAAAAAGGAAAGGAAAAGUCGGGACAAAUCUGGAGUGAAAAUUUAGAGAUUUUUCACACCCUAUAUAGGAUAGCAACUGUUACUAUUCAAAUUUUUUCUCAAAGCUACGUGGUAUUUUUAAUAUUUUGAGACUCGUCUAUUACGGAAAACUAGUAAUAAUAUAUCCCACUUUAUUUAUCGUAAGAAUUAUCAUGGUUUUUCUCUCGCGGUGUGCGAUACCUAUACGAAUGUCAUUGAUCUCCGCAUUUUCAGCUCUCGAAAGAUUCGAGAAUUCGAUUUUUGCGAGUCUUGCACAAGAGUGCAUUUUCAGCAUAUGAAAGUUUUUGCUCCUUGUCUCCGCAUCGCGGGUAUGCUCUUAGCUGCAGCUUUAAAAGGAAGUCUGUUACGCGUUAUACGCAUCAAAUGCAUUUAUCGAGUUGCGUAAAGAAUUAUGCCAUGGGUACACUAUUGUUGACAAUGUGUCCCUCGCGAUAUAAAAACAGAUGAUAUUAUUAUUAGCGUGAGCAAAUCAGUUCACAAAAUAAUACAUUGUGCAACAAGUGACCGAAGUCGUGGAGUAUUUCUGUGCGUAUGGGUUUACCGCCCCAGCAAAACGAAUGAUCGACUUUUGUCUCGCGUUGCACGAAGAAUUUUACUCUCGAUUUAAUUGAGUAGCCACUUUGUUGACUUGAAAAGUGGAUCUCACGCAUCCGUUAUUAAUACAAACAAAAUUUAAAGUUGUACAUUUUUUUAAUUUUUAAAAAUUUGUAAUAUGGAGAAAUAAGGCUCUUUACAAUGACAUAUGCAGGAGUAAACUAUACUGUAUGAGGGAAUAAUAAACUGCUCAUCUAGUCUUACCUUUUAAUUAAAUAAAGUGGCUGUUACCGACAAGUCGUGAAUAAAUAUUGAGUAUAAAAUGUGAAGCGACGUUUUCUAAGAGCGAUUAACGGCACCAACAUAUACUGAUUAAUACGUUAUUUGAAAUACUGGCCAUUUUUGCCAAAUUUUAUUACUCAUAAAGCUCAUAAAGCCAUAAAAAAUAUAUUUUGAAAACGAUAAGUCCAGAUUUUCAUUUGAAACGAUGCACUGGUCGAUCGUCCAGUUAGAAAUCAAUUAUGAACGAUCAUACUCGAUCUUAUUAUUAUCCACUUAAUUUUAUAUUUUAAAGUUUUAGUGUUUCAAAAUAUCUAUUCAUCAUUUUUAAUGAAUUAUAGGAACAAAUUUUACGGCAAAAUUAAAGUUAAAAUUUUACUUCAAUGGAUAUACAAUAUGAUAUACAUAUACAGGUAUAUAAUAAAGUGAUGAUUAUGGUACAACUUUAAUGGCGUUUUGUAAAAUGAUUUCCAACAAAAGACGUGUUUUAAAAUAAUAGUAUAGUUCAAGUAACAUUUUUUCCAUUCGAGCUAUAUAUAUGAUUUAAUUAUUAUCUGUAUAUAGAAAGUAUCAAUCCAUAAUUAUAUAUGAUUAAAAAUGAAGUAUUAUUACGAAGCCCCUUAAAACGUUUUAAUAUGAUCAUUUAUUUAAAACUAUAUUAUGUUCUCGAUCAUCCAAAUGUAUAUUUUUUUUCAAUUGACGCUUAUAUUAAAACAGGCAUGAUUAUGAGAAAUCAAAUUUUUUGACCGCGCUUAUGAAGGAGAGCUUAAGAAUUUUCCAUAACUUAUAACACUGCAAAAAAAAAGAGAUUAUUUCUCAGCAUAUACGGUUGACGUCUUAUCUGCGCCCAUGCUGCACAAUUACAUAUUAUUAAUAUCAUCCUUACACAUUCAACUUCAUAGGUAAUUGAGAAUACUUUGUCGCUCCGUAGCGCAGUUCACAUUCUUCAACAAAAACCACCACAAUUCAACAAUUUUCUCGGUAAUUAAUUCGCAAUGUGUUGGGGAUUAGUUUCUGUGAGCUGUGCGGCUUUGAGAGGAAAAUUUGAACUGCGCUACUCUUAGUAUACAUGUAUAUGUAUGUACAUACGUUCGUUAAGCAGUGGUUUAAUUAUUAUUUUUGAAGAUAUAUUUCAAAACCUAUAAGUAUCAUAGUUGGAAAUAUGAAUUCUUCUUCUCUGUGAUAAACUGCACAUUUAAAAAAAAUCGUAUAAUAAUUAUUAAUAAUUGUUUAAACAGUAAAACAUCAAUAUUUUAUUUUAAAAAUGUAUAAUAUAAUUGUGAAAUAAAAAUAUGAAAAAAAAUUACACAAGUUGAUGAUUCACUGCAAGCAACAGUCGAUAUUAAAUUAGUAUUAUUGUUUGCUCGUAUAAUCAUACAAAAAUUGAUGUUUUUCUGCUGUAAAUGUAUAUAGGCCUGUAAAUUCAAGAACAAAUUACUUUCAUCUAGUUUUUUUAUCCAACUGUUAUUUUCAUUAUUCCUAAGCCAAAAUUGCACAUUUACGAUUCACUCAUUAACAUCAAAGCUCAAUUAAAGAAACGAUUCAUCUAUCUAUUCAUCUGAGUAUGUUAUUAACAUUCAUUCCAUCAUAUAUAUAUAUAUAUAUAUAUAUUACUUUUCAUAUUUAUUUACUCUAAUAAUAAUAAAUUCAUAGUAAAAAGGCACAGUUUACAUGUACAAUAUAGUGCAUAACAGAUUCUGGUUUUGGUUUCCUUAAUUUAGUUGCACUAUGACAUACUUACCAUAUGUUUUUUUUACAUAUUCAUUAAUAACUUAUUUUGAUUACUUAUUAUAUAAAAUACCUUUAAUAUAAAUAUAUUACUCAAAGGAAAAACAGAUCACAGUUGGAGUGUUUUAAAAGUGUUCUGCAUAAAUUGUAAUUUAUCUUAUAUUUGUGAUAUUUUUAUCAGAGAAAAACGUUAUCCUUCAAUAUAAUAUAUACCUAUAUAAUAUCCCUUUAUUUAUAUUCCAUCCAUAUAUUGUUUUGGAAUAUUCAUGUACAUACAUAUAUAAAUAAUCAUCAUUAAGCUUAGUGGUUUGCCAAAAAGUGAUUUUAUAAGUUAUAGAUUCAAUUAAUUUGACCGAGCCUAAAAUCCUGCAAAGGCUUCCUGCGUGAAUGUUAAAUAAAUAUAAUGAUAGAUAUAUAUUAUGAAGAAAAAAUGCUACACGUAUGGAAUAACAUAUAGUAUAUUUUAUCCUUAUAAUGCGUGUUCCUAUCAGAGCCUUACAUGUAAAUCAUAAAUAUAUAAGUAAACAUUUUAAUUGCUGUAA